AUGCUGGCUAUCAAGUUGGUCAGCCUACUGCUGUUGGCUUUGGCCAUACACACAGAUGGUCUAAAGUUGCAGAAGGAUGUGCCUGUGUUUGUCAAAACGCUAAAGGAUCUGCAGCGUGGUCCACCCAAACAAAUGCUCACUAAUCGCGCUGAAGUGACAGAGGAAUGGAUUGAGCAGCCAUUGGAUCACUUUGAUGAUAAGAAUAAGGAAACAUACAAAAUGCGUUAUUUGGUUAACAAUGAAUUCCAAACCGAAGGCAGUCCAAUUUUCAUAUUUUUGGGUGGCGAAUGGGAAGCUGAGCCAGGCAUGCUCACCAAAAGUCAUUGGUACGACAUGGCCAAGCAGCACAAGGGCGUUCUAAUCUACACUGAACAUCGUUAUUAUGGUGCCAGCGUGCCCACACCCACAAUGUCAACCGAGAACUUAAAGUAUCUGAGUGUCAAACAAGCGCUGGCCGAUGUGGCAAAUUUCAUUAACACCUACAAAGCGGAGAAUGCGCAGCUUGCCAAGUCGAAGGUUUUGCUGGCAGGGGGCUCCUAUUCAGCCACAAUGGUUGUUUGGUUUAUGCGUGAAUAUCCCGAUUUAAUCGUGGGUGGCUGGGCUUCUAGUGCGCCACUCUUGGCCAAGGUGGACUUCUAUGACUACAAAGUGGUGGUGGGCAAGGCUAUACGCGAGCUGGGCGGUCAACAGUGCUACAAUCGCAUCGAAAACGGCAUUGCCGAGUUGGAAAACAUGUUCAAGAACCAACGCUCGGCGGAGGCACGUGCUAUGCUGCGACUAUGCAGCAGCUUUGAUCACACUAACGACUUGGAUUUCUGGAGUUUGUUUGGUGCCAUAUCCAACAUAUUCUCUGGCAUUGUUCAGAGACAGCGACCUGGUGAUGUUGAAUAUUGGUGCGACUUUCUGCUAAAAUUCGAGGAUGAUGCUACAGCCAUUGCCAACUUAUUUUAUCAUGCAGCUGGUUAUCCUACAUGCGUCGAUAUGCGCUACAGUGAAACUGUUGCCUAUUAUCAGGAACUUGUUGCAGACUUCGAUGAUUCGCUGCCUUGGUACUAUCAGACCUGCAAUGAGUUUGGCUGGUAUCAAUCCUCACGCGCUGCAGCGCAGCCAUUUGGCAAAAGCUUCCCCGCUACCUUGUAUAUUGAGCUGUGCCAGGACAUUUUUGGCGCCAAGUACAGGCAAUCACAAAUCGAAAGUUAUGCCGCCGAGACCAAUGAACACUUUGGUGGCAUGGAGCCAGCCGUCGAAAAUGUAUUCAUGACACACGGCAGCCUUGAUCCGUGGAAUGCCGUUGGUCAUGGCGUUGCUGAAGGUGCCACAGUCAUAGCUCAGGCUUCGCACUGCAACGAUUUAGCUCCGAUGAGUAGCGCCGAUAGCGCUGAGAUGCGUGCAGCCAAGGAAAAAAUUGCUGAGCUUGUCACUCAAUGGUUGGCUUAGAUAAAAAAUGUAAUUACUCUAAGCUCAGCAAUACAUUUCAAGCAAUAAAUAACAUUUGUA